AUGGAAUUCUCGAAAAGCACUGCGUCCCUCUUACAAUUUGACAAGAAGCAUAUCUGGCAUCCUUAUACAUCUAUGCUCAGUCCCAUGAGUGUUUAUCCAGUAAGAGCGGCUGAAGGGUGUUACCUGAUUUUAGAUACCGCAGAUGAGAAUGGUACAAAAGUCAUCGACGGAAUGUCAUCUUGGUGGUGCGCAAUUCAUGGUUACAACCACAGGGAGCUGAAUGAAGCAUUGAUGACUCAAACCAGAAAAGUCUCUCAUGUAAUGUUCGGAGGCCUGACUCACGAGCCUGCGAUUACUCUGGUUCAAAAAUUACUAGAAUUCGUAGAUCACGAAGAAUUGCAACACUGCUUUCUAGCAGACAGUGGCUCUGUGGCGGUUGAGGUCGCAAUGAAAAUGGCCCUUCAAUACAAUUUCACCUUAGGAAAUCAAAGCAAAAGGAAAUUCUUGACCGUUCGGUAUGGCUAUCAUGGCGAUACCACUGGCCCAAUGAGCGUGUGUGACCCGGUGGGAUCAAUGCAUUCAAUUUAUACUGGAUACUUGGCCGAAAAUGUUUUCGCCGAAGGACCCCCCACGAUUCCGACGCUUCCAACUUCUCAGGUUUUUCAAAGAUAUCCCCAGGCAUUCCGCGGGAAAGUGUCCUCGAAUAAAAGUGAUAUUAGCGACUUUCAAGCUAAAAUAGAAUCAUUACAUGAAGAGUUGUGCGCCGUCAUUCUGGAACCGAUCCUUCAGGGUGCGGGCGGAAUGAGGCUUUAUCAUCCUCAGUUCCUUAUUGACGUGAGGAAGUUGUGUAACAAGUAUCAUGUCCCACUAAUUAUGGAUGAAAUUGCCACUGGUUUCGGGCGCACCGGUGCACUGUUUGCCUAUCAGCAUUGCAAAACAUACCAAGAUCUUUGCAAAAUCCCCGCCGCCCUGCAAGUUGACGUCUACCCUGACAUUAUGUGCAUUGGGAAAGCCCUGACGGGGGGCUAUUUGACCUUGAGUGCAGUAAUCACCACUGAAACGAUUGCAUUUGGCAUCUCUUCUCCCAACUCUGCUACGGGAGGAUGCAUGAUGCAUGGUCCAACUUUCAUGGGGAAUCCGCUAGCAUGUGCCGUUGCGAACAGGUCCCUGGAGAUAUUAAAGCGCGAUAACUGGAAAGCUAAGGUUGAUUUCAUUGAACAACAGCUGUUUGAGCAGCUCUUUGUAGUACUGGAUGAGAGGAAAGACGAAUUCUGGCUUGUUCAAGACGUUCGGAUUGUAGGUGCGGUGGCCGUCAUUGAGAUGAAGGAGUCGCUUGAUUUGAAAUGGUUUCACAAGACUUUUAUAUCUGAAGGAGCUAACGUCAGACCCUUCCGAAAUCUUUGCUACAUCAUGCCACCUUAUAUCAUCUCGGAGCAAGAGCUGCGGCAACUGACUGGAACCAUAAUCUCGGUUUUGGAGAAGUGGCAUGCUUUGGUUAAACAGAGGACAGGUCUUCGAGACCAAGUUAAAUCGAAGCUCCAAGUCGCUUUGAUUUCAGAUGGUUAA